UAACGGAGGGACGGCCACAUGUCACGACUCUGUCAGCAGGAAGUGACCUCGCUGUACGUCAAAAUUAAAUCACUGCCUCAACUCGUCUGACCACAGGAACAGAAACAUAUGGAACGACUGCACCGUGUGGACAAUAAAUAACAUACGAUUCAUCCCGUCACUCUCUGUGUGUUUGGUGUGACGCUGUCGGCGGCGACACUUGGACGUGUCCCCUCAGGCUGCUGGACCCUGCUGUGAGUUUGUUGUUGGUCACUGGAGCCGGUCGGAGCGGUGGAUGAACGGAGGCGUGGGGCGAUGGCGGUGAAUCUGAGUAAGAACGGUCCUGCGCUCAUGGACGCUUAUAAGGAAGUGGUGGAUGGCAACUUAGACACGAACUGGGCUCUGUUCACGUAUGAAGGGAACAGUAAUGAUAUCCGUCUGGCAGAUAAGGGAGAUGGUGGGUUGGAGGAAAUGGUGGAGGAGCUGAACAGCGGGAAGGUGAUGUACGCUUUCUGUCGCGUCCAGGACCCAAACUCUGGACUGCCCAAAUAUGUCCUCAUAAACUGGACAGGUGAAGGUGUGAAGGACUCUCGGAAAGGAAUAUGUGCAAACCAUGUCGGCUCAAUGGCCAACUUCCUGAAGGGAGCCCAUGUGACCAUAAACGCCCGCGGAGAAGAAGACGUGGAACCGCAGAGCAUCCUGGAGAAGGUGGCCAAGGCCUCUGGAGCCAACUUUAAUUUCCACAAACAAACAGAGUACAAAGACGCUCCCAGAGGACCCGUGGGUUCGGUGUAUCGGAAGACAAACGCUGUGGAGGAAAUCCAACAAACCAAAAAGGACGACUUCUGGGUCCAAACUCAGAGGGAUGAAGAGGAGCGUCGACGGGAGGAGAUCCAACGAGCAGAGCUGGAGAGACAGACAGUGGAGAGGGAGAGGAGGGAGAUGGACGAGAGGCAGGCAAAGGAGAGGGAGAGGAGAGCAAAGGAGAGAGCUCAGCAGAUUGAGCAGGAGAAGUUGUUUCAGAGGCAGAGAGAAGAAGAAGAAGAAAGACAGAGGGAGCAGCAGCGACAGAACCAGCCAGAAAAUGGAUACAAGAAGUCGGGAAUUAACUCUGCUGCCUCGGUGCAGAAAGCUAACGAGGCCAAAUCGCUGAUUUCUCAGAGGUCAUUUAAUCCCAGAGACAUAUUCAAACAGAGGGAGCAGAGCUUUGAGUCCAACAACCGACUGUCUCCUGCUGCAUCCAGACCUGGGAAGCUGCAGAGUCCGUUUUUAUCCCAGAAAUCCUUGGAGAGAGAAGCUCCGCUGCAGCCUCAGUAUCCAGCUGUGACCCCCCUGUCUCCUGUCUCACCUGAACGGUCUCACUCACCUGUUCCGGGUGAGACCCCCCUGUCCACCGUCUCACCUGAGCGGUCUCAUUCAGCUGACCAACCUGUGUUCCCGCCCUACUCCAUGCACCCCCUGUCUCCUGUCUCACCUGUCUCACCUGUGCUGUCUCAUUCACCUGCUCCAGCUGUGUCACCUACACCGCCGAAGACAACAGACUCACCUGUUCAGGCUGCAGAUGCUGUUUACACAGAAGAGGAGGAGUGGUCAGAUGAGUUUGAUGAAGAUGCAGAUGAACCUACUCCAGAGGAUCUGUACGAGGCACCACGUCCGUCAGCAGAGACAGAGGACGACCUGUAUGAAAAUGUCUACCAGCACGUCCCCACAGAUGGAGACCAGGAUGUGGGGACGAGUGGACAGGACAUCAGAGCCAGAGCUCUGUAUGACUACCAGGCCGCGGACGACACUGAGAUCACCUUUGACCCUGAUGACAUCAUAACGGGGAUCGAGAUGGUGGAUGAAGGCUGGUGGAGAGGAUACGGACCUGACGGACACUAUGGCAUGUUCCCCGCCAACUAUGUUGAGCUUCUCUAGGUUUCAUCACUCUCUUCAUGUUCCAUAAACACUGAAAAAGGUCACAGACAGGAAGUGGAAGACAGUAAUCAUAAUAAAAAGAAAGUGUGGUAUUUUUCAACUUGGA